AUGGCUCAGAAAGGAAAUCGGAUGGAUUCAAGAAGAAUCUCUUGUUCUAUUUGUUUGGAUCUACUGAAGGAUCCGGUAACUACUCCCUGUGGACACAGCUACUGCAUGGACUGUAUUAAAGACUUCUGGGAUGGAAAAGAUCAGAGGGGAGUCUACAGCUGCCCUCAGUGCAGGAAAGAGUUCAUACGAAGGCCUGAACUGCAGAAGAACUUCAUGCUAGCAGAGUUGGUGGAAGAUCUGAAGACGACUGGACUGCAAGCUGCUCCAGCUGAUCACUGCUAUGCUGGACCUGGAGAUGUGGCCUGUGAUGUCUGCACUGGGAGGAAGAGGAAAGCUGUCAAGUCCUGUUUGGUCUGUAUGGUUACUUACUGUGAGAAUCACCUCCAACCUCACUAUGAUGUUUCAGGACUGAAGAAACACAACCUGGUGGAUCAGAAGCAGAAGAAGCUCCAGAAGAGUCGACAACAAAUCCAUCAGAGAAUCCAGGACCAAGAGAAAGAUGUGAAGCUGCUUAAAAAAGAGUUUAAGGCCAUCAACGUCUCUGCUGAUAAAGCAGUGGAGGACAGUGAGGAGAUCUUCACUAAGCUGAUCCGUCUCCUCUUGAAAAGAAGCUCUGAGGUGAAGCAGCAGAUCAGAUCCCAGCAGGAAACUGAAGUGAGUCGAGUCAAAGAUGUUCAGGAGAAGCUGGAGCAGGAGAUCAGUGAGCUGAAGAGGAAAGACGCUGAGCUGGAGCAGCUCUCACACACAGAGGAUCACACCCAGUUUCUCCUCAACUACYCCUCACUGCCAGCACUCAGUGAGUCGACACACUCAUCCAGCAUCAACAUCCGUCCUCUGAGACACUUUGAGGACGUGACAGCAGCUGUGUCAGAGAUUACAUAUUUACUGGAGGACGUCCUGAAUGACCCAUGGAGAAACGUCUCACUGGCAGUCAUUGAUGUGGAUGUUCUACUGUCAGAACCAGAACCAAAGACAAGAGAUGAGUUCCUAAAAUACUCUAAAGAGAUCACUCUGGAUACAAACACAGCAAACCAGAACUUGGCUUUAUGUUAUGGGAACAGAAAAGUAACAUACACUUUUGAUGAGCUCUCUUAUCCUCAUCAUCCAGACAGAUUCACUGAAUAUAAACAGGUUCUGAGCAGAGAGAGUCUUACUGGACGUUGUUACUGGGAGGUGGAGUGGAGAGGAAAAUUAAUUUAUAUAGCAGUUUCAUACAAGAUCAGCAGAAAAAGAUGGUCAGAAGAAUGUCAAUUUGGAUCCAAUGACAAAUCUUGGUCAUUAUGCUGUGGGAGGAAAAGUUACACAUUUCAUCACAACAACAUUAAAACUCCAGUAUCAGGUCCAGUUUCCUCCAGAAUAGGAGUGUAUCUGGACCUCAGAGAAGGUAUUCUAUGUUUCUACAGCGUCUCUGGUACCAUGACUCUCCUCCACAGCAUUCAGACCACAUUCACUCAGCCUCUGUAUGCUGGAGUUUGGUUUGAUCCCACAUUGUUCUCUUCCUCACAAUGUUUUUCUGAGUUCAUUCAGCUGAAACAGUCAUCACUGAGUUGA